CCUUUAUUAAAGGGCCAUCUCUAUGGGCAAGUAAAAACUCUACCCGGUAAAAUAAAUAUCUUAUGUUUGUGCUGAUGCAAAAAUAGUGCAUGUGUAACUAGGAUAUUUUCUUCAUUACGUCAAAUAAUGACCAGUGAGACUCAACAACAAGAUAUUUAACCCAGUGCGCUAUUAAUAAAGCCAUUGCACGGGAUUUUCGCUACGCAAAUCGAUUUUUUCUGCGCUGCGGAGCUGCCACAUUUGCAACGACAGCGACGCCACCACAACCAUGUCGCGCCAUCCGAGCGAUCGAAAGGUUUAUGUUGGAGAUUUGGGCAAUAAUGCACGUAAGAAUGAUUUAGAGUAUGUUUUCGGGGCCUAUGGAAGCCUAAGGAGUGUAUGGAUCGCUCGUAAUCCACCUGGUUUCGCAUUCGUGGAGUUCGACAAUGCCCGGGAUGCACAAGACGCUGUGCGUGCCCUAGACGGACGGACAGUAUGUGGUCGUAGAGCACGAGUAGAAUUGUCAACAGGAAAAAAUGCUCGGUCUGGCGGAGGUGGUGGAGGAGGAGGAGGACCAAGGGAUCGUUCACGCGGUGGGCGGGGCGACGAUAAAUGCUAUGAGUGUGGCGGCCGUGGCCACUUUGCCCGCCACUGCCGGGAGCGCAAGGCCAGGCAACGACGCAGAAGUAAUUCACUGAGCAGAUCACGCAGUACGUCGCGGCGUCGUCGUACUCGCUCGAAAUCAGCAACACGCUCUCGUAGCCGAUCGGUGGGCUCUAUCGGGCGCCGUUCUGCUGGAUCUGUGGGCCGUCGCUCGGCACGUUCGCGUGAAAACGGACGUGGCGUGAAUGGCUCAGUGUCACGUUAUAGUGAUCAUGAACGGAAUGGUGGUGGACCAGUGGAUUCGCCGCCACCGGUGAAGAGGCGCUAUGACGACGAGGACGAUGACAGGGUCAGAGGCAGGGUUGGAUCACCAUCGCCACCACAUCGUGGAUCACAGUCUCGGCGUCGCGGCGGCUCAUCGGUUUCACAAUCACGCCGCCGUGGUGACUCAUCGGUUUCACGUUCAAUGUCCAGAGACUAGCGACAGAGUUCACAUUAGCGGCACUAAAAUAACUCCUCCAUUCCCAACCGAUAACCCAACUAAGUUUAUCAUGCAGUUCAUAUGUACUUCCUGGUUGGUCACAAUUAUAUAGUUUAGUGUAUUUUUUUCCCGUAUUUUUAGUUUCAUAUGAAUGGGUCUAAUUUUAAUUUCUAACCGCCACGGCGCUUCGCAGAAUAAAUCGCGUAUUGAAAUUAAAAUUUGAUUUGAGGGAGAUUUAUAAUUAUUAGCGACCGCCUCGAACUAUAGUAUAUAGCACAUUUUUAAAUCUCAUUUGCUUGCAUUAUAUGUCUCGUGUAACCUUCAAUUUACAUUUAAACUGUGCAGAAGAUUUAUUUUUUUGUCGCCAUAACAUUUGGAAUAUUACAAAGGUGUUCCCGAUUCGUUUAAAAAUUUCUGUCCUAAAAAAUAUUGGAUGAUUAAUCAUGUGGGCACUCAAUAAACAUCGCAUCAUAGAAAUUAUAGUGGUAACAUAAAACAUUUUUCAUAAAUCUUCACGUGCACGGCAGUUACCGGCUUUAGGCCGUUAAUUUUGUCCCCCUUCAUUUGGGUCCCAAAACUUUAAAUACUUUCUCGAGUUCGCCAAAUUCUAAAACUUAUUUAUUAACCCAAAGCUGCUCCAUUUUGAGAACCAUUUAACGUAAAAUGCUCGUCAUUUGAAUUUCUAUUAUUUAUAAGCUAAGUAACAAUUUUGGAUUAUACCUAUGCCCUAAUUUCAUAGUUAAGUACAUAUAAUUUCUUAUGAAUGAAAUGCGUAUUUUACCGUCAAAAUGCGCUGAAAAAAACUACAACACAAAAGAUAUUCAAUCAAUAAAUUUAAUGCCAAAAGUUUUUACUUUGCAAAUUUUCAACGAUAAUACACAGAUAAAUGUAUGUCCUCUAAAAUAUUAAGUCCGUAGAUGCAGCUCAUAAUAAGAUCAAUAUUUAGUUAAGGUAUAAUGUGAAAACUAAAUAAAUCCAACUCUAAUCUGAA